AUGGUUCUUCUUACAGUUACUCCUGCAAUUAAAACAGCUUUGGAGCUUUAUCAUUCACAAAACAAUGAUAACAACACUUCAGAUCAAAUCUCUCCAGACCUUUCCAAUGACCAAAACCCCACCAUCAAAACAAAGCCCACCCACAAUGUCUCUUCCACUACAACCCUGGACACAACUUCAGAAAAGAUUUCUGCUAACAUCAAACAACAAUCUUCCACUACUCUUUUACCACCCACUUCAUCGCCUUCUAUCUCACAUGCACAGCUCAUAACCCUUGCCAGCAAAACAUGUACUCCUCUCGUGUCACUGGUCAGAAACUCAGCCGUGUACACGCCGCCACCACCUCCGCCGCCUGCCAAAUCACCCGAAUACAUUGCAUUGAUGUCCCGGCUGAGGCGCGAGGCCGAGGAGGCCGAGUAUAUGGAGAUGGUAGGUGGAGCGGCACCUGCUUCUUCUUUACAAGAAGUUUUGACUCCAGGCCAGGAAAUUAAGGCGGUGCGCGAGCAGCUAACAGCCAUUGUUAAUGUGGGUAUUUCGGUGGCAUCGGUGGCUUACGCGCUAUGGUACUGCUCGGGAAAUUACUUUCAUUGGGACUUGCCGGCACGUACAUUGCUGGCACUAUUUGGCGCCAUUGUGGUGCUUGUUGCGGAAACAGUAGUGUACCUGCGCUACCAUAUGCGUGUUGACGAUGCGCGUGCGGUUGAGCAGGCCAAGGUGGAAAAGAAGACAUUUUUACAAGCUCUUACGGGACCAGAAGGUGUCCUUGCAUUACCCUCCGAUGAUAUUGAUUUAUUACCCGCAGUCUCAACAACCACUUCUACAUCUACACCCAAGCCUUCGACCAGGAAACGUCGCGUAGCUUCAAAGAAACAAUAA